UCUCUCUCUCUAGAAUUUAUUGAAAAAUAAUUAAAUAAAAAAAUAGAUGGAUAAGUACUCACUGAACAUAAUCGAUCCAUCAGUGGAGCUCCGUUCAAUUGCGCCACCGAUGAGCUCAGUUCCAUCACCUCCAUCUCCAUUCCAAUCCCCUCUCAGUUUCAACCACAAGAAAUCUGCUCCUCCUCCUCUUCUAAUCUCCCAAUCUUUCACUCUCACUCGAACUCCCAGAACCACGCUCUGUUUCCCUCUUCGCGUCUCAUCUUUGUCUUCUUCUUCAAAUAAUCCGGUUGACACCCUUCAAUCCGCUUCUGAUGUCGUCAGGGGAUUCUACGAUGGCGUCAACCGCCACGACCUCGCCUCCGUCGAGGAUCUCAUCGCUGAGAAUUGCGUUUACGAGGACCUUAUCUUUUCUCGCCCUUUCGUCGGCCGCAAGGUACGUACCCGUCGGCCUUCUCAAUCUCUUAUGCCAUUGUAUCGUUUGGGAUUUUUGCGAUUCUCUGUCCAAUUACUGCAGGACAUUCUGAUUUUCUUCAAAAAGUUCAACGAUUCCAUCAGUAAGGAUCUCCAGUUUGUUAUUGACGAUAUAUCCACCCAAGAUUCAUCAGCUGUGGGUGUUCUUUGGCAUUUAGAAUGGAAAGGGAAAGAGUUUCCUUUCAGCAAGGGAUGCAGCUUUUAUCGCUUGGUUGUUGGUGAUGCCAAGAAGAGACAAAUAAUCUAUGCACGAGACAGCGUUGAGCCUGCGUUGAAGCCUGGGGAGAUGGCUUUGACAAUCAUUAGAGGUGUGACUUGGCUUCUGGAACGAUUCCCCCAGCUAGCAGAUCGUAUAUAAUUCUACUCUCUUUGAAGGAACAAUUCAUUACUGUAUUACGAAUUUACAAUCAAUAUUCUUCAGUACAUAGUUCUAUUAAGCAAGGUCGAAUUGUAUAAAUCCUUACAUUAUCUAUAAAGAUUAAUAAGGAUUUCACUUUCCC